AAAAUAUGUUAGCCCUCAUUAAACAUGUAUUGAUCGUUGAAAAGAAAAAACCGAAAAAAAAAAUUGUGCCUUCCGGAGGCCAAAAUGAUCUCGAAGAUUACCGAAUUCUCGGGGCAGACGUGUACCGCUGAUACAGAUCCGCAAUAAUCGGGCAGCCACCGCCGGCGGUGAGAGGAUGUGACCCGAUUUUUCCAUGGGCCGAAUUUUACCAUGCGAGAAUCGGUAUCUGGUAUCUCAUAUCUCCGACUUCCGAACCGCUUCUUGGGGGGGACCAGAAGGAGGGUAUAAAGUCGCAGAUGAACUUGAAACCACCGACAAACAUUCCUCGACGUCUUCUUCCCUUGGGUAACGGACCGGGUUACUCGAGACAACGACAUGAGGCCGAUCGUGAUCAUCGCUACUUUGGUAGCCCUAACCCAAGCUCGCCCAGAACCACCGAGUGGCUACAGUUAUCCCGCCCCUUCGAUAGGCCUCGGAGGUGGCCUAGGAGGUGGCAGCUUUGGAAGUGGCCUCAGCUUCAGUAGCUCAGGAAGUCAUGGCCAUGGUCUUUCUUUCGGAGGCGGUAGCUUAGGUCACGGCGGCGGAAGCCUAAGCCACGGAGGCGGAAGCUUUAGCCACGGAGGCGGAAGCCUAGGUCUAGGAGGAUUCUCCUCAGGCUCUUCCGGCUCUUCAGCAUUCUCAUCAGGCUUCGGAUCCGGUGGUCACAGCUCCGGAGGCUUCAUCGGCUCUAGCGGCGGUUUCGGAUCAAGCGGAGGCUUCGGCUCAAGCGGAAGCUUCGGCUCAGGUGGAAGCUUCGGCUCAAGCGGAAGCUUCGGCUCCAGCGGGUUCAGCUCAGGCUUAUCCAGCGGCGGCCAGGUUGUCCAGAAACACAUCUACGUCCACGUGCCCCCACCAGAGCCAGAAGAGUACCAUCCACAGAGACAAAUCUCCGUAGCCGCCCCACAGAAACACUACAAGAUAAUCUUCAUCAAGGCUCCUUCUCCGCCUACUCCGACUGUCCCGUCCAUUCCUCUCCAGGCCCAGAACGAGGAAAAGACCCUCGUGUACGUGUUGGUCAAGAAACCAGAAGAUCAACCGGAGAUUUCCAUCCCUACUGCUAUCCCUACCCAGCCUUCCAAACCAGAAGUAUACUUCAUCCGUUACAAGACCCAAAAGGAGUCUGGUGGUGGAUUCUCUACUGGUGGAUCUAUCGGAGGUGGUUCUUUGGGCGGAUCUCUCAGCGGUGGAUCUCUUAGUGGCUCCCUUGGCGGUGGGUUAUCUCUAGGCGGAUCUCUGGACGGUGGUUCUCUGGACGCUGGUUCUCUCUCUGGUUCCCUUUCUGGUGGUCACUUAUCUGGCUCAUCUGGUUCUUCUUCCUUCAGCUCUGGAAGCUCUAGCUCAAGCUCGUACCACAGUGGUCACUCGAGUCAUGGCUCUUCUGGAAUCUCUACCAGCUAUGGACCUCCUGGACACGUUAGUGGUGGACCGUACUAA